AUGAAGCUCUUCCAUGUGUUGCUAACGGCUCUGGCCAGUACUGUCAGUGCAGAGAGCAAGGAUAAACCUAAUGAAGUAGACUCCCUGGCUGCCGAGAGUCUACACCGAAUGCAGGCCUACUACUCUGAAAACCCACUACCGAGCCCAGGAAAAUGCACACUGGAUAACGUAGCCGUUCGUCGAGACUGGGGCCACUGGGCAGACAACCCAAAAGCCUCCCCCUUCUUCGACGGCAGCGACACCAGCAUGUCAGGAGACGGCGCAUACAUCGCGAACAGAACUUCAGUCUGCUUCCCAUCAAUCGAACAGUGCUACAUCCAGCUACAGCCCGGAAGUGGAGGCGGCUGCGUAACGUCCGGUCCGUUCAAAGAGUAUGCACUACCCUCCCAUCUCUCCUCGCCCCAACAAAGCCCAUCACUAACACCCCCAUCCAGCUGGAAGAUCAACCUCGGCCCCCUCGCCGCCGUCUCCCUCCCCCCUCCGACCCCAAACCCCCAACCCGACGGCCUAGCCUACAACCCCCGCUGCCUCUCCCGCGACAUCUCGCUCCAAUCCUCCGCCGAAACCCACGACUCCGUCGUCGCCGCCCUAAUCAAAGACAACACCACCAUCACAUCCUUCCAAACCGUGCUCGGCGGCGAAUUCGCCCAGGGCAAAAUGGGCCCCCACGUCGGCGGCCACAACACCAUCGGCGGCGACGCAGGUUCCGAUUUCAUUAAUUCGCCUGCGGAUCCUGCGUUCUUUGCGCAUCAUGCUAUGGUUGAUCGCGUGUAUUGGACGUGGCAGAAUUUGGAUUUGGAGGCGAGGAGAGAGGCGAUUGCGGGGGGGACGAGUGGGGUGGGGGAUCCGGGGGAGGCGGGGACGUUGGAGGAUGUUAUUACAUUGGGGGAGUGGGUGGGAUAUGGGAAUGUGACGAUUAGGGAGGCGAUGAGUACGGUUGGGGGCCGUUUUGCUAUGUUUAUGCUUAGGGGUUGGGUAUUGCGCUGCUGGGGCUUUGCUAUAUGA